AUGCGCUAUGAACCCUAUAGAAUGGCCAAAAACGAAGAAUUUUUCGUUGUUGUGUAUCGACGUCUAAUUGCAGCUGUAGAUUGGGUAGAGGCUUUGGCUGAUAGAGUUGGAGGGUUGUCUAUUGAAGAUAGAAUUUCUCUUGUUAAAUCUUGUUUUGGACCUUUAACUUUAUUCAAAUGCUCGGCCCGGACAGCAGUUGUUACUCAAAAUGAGGAUAUGCUUUGCCUUUGCAAUUUUGCUUAUGUCCCUAGAAACAUUAGCAAAGCUUAUAAUGAUGCCUAGUAUGAAUUUUUUAAAUUUAUUAUAGUUAGACCUCGGUAUAAGAUAGGUUAAAAAUAUACACGGUAUAGGAUACGUUUCUUUAAAAUUUGGGUGUGGUCAUUGGGUGGAGGACCUGGCAAGGAGAUGCCCCUCUAACAUAAAUCUCAUUAUAGGCAACCUUCUAUUUAAUAUACACCUCAU